ACACACACACACACACACACACACACACACACACACAAAGAGGGUUCCCUAAAAGUAAAACUAUGCCAGAAGAGAACCAAGUCAUCCCAUUGGCACUUACCCAAAUCCAUCACAGAAGCGACGAAGCAUUCUCAUCGACCAAGCACAAAAAUCUCCACCAGAAACGAAGCAGCAAAAUCUUUUUCUACAUACUCACAGCAAUAGUCUUGCAAAGCGUGGGUUUACUGAUUUUUGCAUUGAUAGCUUUGCGUUUUGAAUCUCCCCAAGUUAAAAUAACUUCAGUCUCGACGAAAAAUCUACGAUACAGCACUUCACCUUGGCCUUCAUUGAAUAUGACUUUGAUUGCCCAGAUCACAGUUGAUAACAAGAACUUUGGUCGGUUCAAACUGAAGAAAAACAGCAGCAAGGCAAGUGUAUUAUAUGGUAACAUAACAAUUGGUGAUACACUGAUUAAUGGGUGGAGUGUUAGAGCCAGAAAGAGAGAAAGUGUUAAAAUUACAGUACAAGUGAGGGCAAACGGCGGUUUAUCGGAAAAUAUGAAUAUAAGCAGUGAAGUCAAGUCAGGGUUGGUGAAGAUGAUCAGAAGCUAUGCUGAAUUGAGGGGUGAAGUGCAUGCUUUUAAGAUAAUUAAAAAGCACAAAACUGCUAUAAUGAAUUGCACCAUGAGUCUUAAUUUGACGAGCCAAGCCAUUCACAAUUUGCUUUGCAAGUGA